AUGCAUUCCUUGAAGAACAUUAUGAUGGUAGUGGUGGAGUCUAUGAUUAAUAAAUUUGAAGAAGAUGAGAUACGAAGUCAGGAGAGGCAGAGAAAAAUUCAACAGGAGAAAAGCAAUAGUUACUGCACAGAUAACUGCUCUGAUAGUGAUUCGCCAGUCAAUCAGAGUUACAAAUUUUGUCAAGGAAAAUUACAAUUGAUUUUAGAUGAAUUGGAUCCUGGGCAUCCUAAAGAGGUGAGAUAUGAAGCCUUACAAGCAUUAUGUUCAGCUCCUCCAUCUGAUGUCCUGAACUGUGAGAACUGGACUACUCUCUGUGAAAAACUGUCUGUGUCUUUUUCAGAUCCUGAUCCUGUGUUUAGUGACCGGAUUUUAAAAUUCUAUGCACAGAUAUUUACACUUUCGCCAUUACAUAUGACCAAGGAAAUUUAUUCAAGCUUAGCUAAAUACUUGGAGUUAUACUUUCUUUCUAGAGAAAAUCAUAUUCCUACUCUCUCAACUGGUAUAGAUGUAACUAAUCCCAAUGUGAACUGCUUACUUAAAAAGGUCCGUCUUCUAAAUGACUAUCAGAAAGAAGCUCCGUCUUUCUGGAUUCGACACCCAGAAAAGUAUAUGGAGGAAAUUGUGGAGAGCACUUUGUCCUUAUUAUCAGUUAAACAUGAUCAAAGCCAUCUUGGCUCUCAAAAGAUUUUGGAUCCAAUGUACUUUUUUGCAUUAAUUGAUACUAAGGCUGUAUGGUUCAAAAAGUGGAUGCACGCAUAUUAUAGCAGAGCUGUAGUACUAAGACUUCUUGAAAAGAAAUAUAAGUCUCUGAUAGCGACAGCAGUUCAGCAGUGUGUUCAGUACUUGGAAUUGUGUGAGGCCAUGAAAGCUGAUGAUAUUUUGGGACAUUCAAAACAUUGUGGGAAUGUACAGAAAACUUUCUACUACUCAGGACAAGAAUUACAGUAUAUUUAUUUUAUUCACUCACUGUGCCUUUUAGGAAGAUUAUUGAUAUAUACACAAGGCAGAAAAUUAUUUCCUAUAAAGAUGAAGAAUAGAAAGAAUUCAGUAUCCCUCACAGAUUUGCUGGUUCUGUUUAUACAACUUAUCUGUUAUUCACCAUGUUGUCCAAAGAUGAUAUCAGCUACACACUCAG